AAGGAUAGAAUUGAAAGGAACAAUUAAGGACACAUGGAGCCAUGGCACUAAGAGGGGUAAACUUGGCUGGAAGUGUGGAUACUGUAAUGCAAGCCACGCAAGCGGAGGUGCUACACGUCUAAGGGAACAUUUGUGUGGAUUACAAGGUAAUGUGAAGCCAUGUUUCAAUGUGCCACGUGAUGUUAAGAACAUAUUGUUGGAAGAAGUAGCAUUGAGCAAAAAGAAGAAGAGGGAUACAACGGAAAAUCGUCUCUAUAUACAAAAGGCUCUCGUAGAGCAUGAUUAUAGGACAACUAUUGCUAGACUUAACGAAGAGGAACAACUUGAGAUGGCAAUGAGGGAAUCACUUAGGGAUGUUGGAUUGACCUAUGAUGGUAGCUCAAGGGGUAGUGGUAUUGUUAUUGGGGCUACAAGUGGUAGCAGAGUAUCCAAUAGUGUGGUUGGAAAUUAUGGCCAGACAAGUGGCAGUAGGUCUGGUAGCUCAACUAAACAAAGUUCACUUCGUAGUUUCUACCUUGGCCCAAGUUCUUCAAAAGCUCCUUUUGACAUAGAUUUGGCACGUAGUAGAGCACCCUCACAGCCUCGGGUGGAUAUCAUGCUGUGUCGGGAUUCUAAGCUGAAGCUCUGGAAAGCUUUAUCAAAAUGGUUCCAUGCCAAUGACAUACCUGGUAGGAAAGCUGAUUGUCCCUAUUUUAGGUCUGCAAUGAAAUUGGCUCAACAACUUGGGGAAGUGCCUCUCCCAAAAGGAAAAGAUAUAGAUGGUCAACUAUUAGAUAUGAACUACAAUGAUUUGGAAGCUCACAUGGAAUCUUUUAAGGAAGAUUGGAGUCGAUAUGGGGUAACCAUCAUGUGUGAUUCAUGGACGGGUCCUACAAUGAUGUGUAUAAUUAACUUCAUGAUCUUUUGCAAUGGUCGCAUGUUUUUCCACAAGUCUGUGAACGCAACCGGGGAAGUCCAAAAUGCAGAAUUUAUUUAUGAUUGUAUUAAAGAGGUUGUGGUCGAUGAUGUUGGGGCUAAAUUUGUCAUUCAGAUAGUGACAGAUAAUGGUUCUAAUUACAAGAAAGCAUGCAAACAGCUCAUAGCCGAGCAUCCACACAUUACUUGGCGACCAUGUGCUGCUCAUACUGUUAAUUUGAUGCUGAAGGACAUAGGAAAAUUUGAUGAUGUUGCAAAUGUAGUGGACAGUGCAAAGCGUAUAUGUAGGUUCUUCUAUAAACAUAAUAGGCUGCAUGCUAUGAUGAGGGAGAAGAUUGGUGGGGAGCUAAUUCGUUGGAAUGCCACUAGGUUUGGCACAGUGUUUAUGUGCUUGCAGAGUUUUUGGGAUAGGCAGGACCAGUUGAAGGCAUGGAUGAUCUCUGCUGAGUGGAGAAAUAGUCAAUUGAGAAAUGAGGAAGACCAUUCAUUUGCAUAUGAUUGCCUAACAGAUAGGAUUUGGUGGGAUGAUAUGGAAUUGGUGUUGAAUGCUGUUGGACCAAUCUUCUUUGUUCUUCGAUAUGCUGACCAGCAAAAGAAUGCUACCUUAUCUGGCUUUCUUCCAAAGAUGAUACAAGCAUAUAAUGAUAUAAGUGCAAAAUUAAAAAAAAGUGAACGUGGUAAAGGAGGUCUACUUAAGAGGACAGCUGAAGUAAUCAGUAAGAGAAUUAGAUAUCUUCUCAAUGAAACACUUAUGCUUGCAGGUGCUGCACUUGAUCCUCAAGAGCUAUAUAGGUCAAAUCUUGCAAAGAAAUCAAGUUGUCAAUUGGCUGUGACUUUGGCAAUUAAGAAACUUGCCACCUCAACUAAAGAAGCUGCAGCUGCAAUUGACCAGUUUUCUAGGUUCAUUGAAAAGAAAGGACUAUUUGGAGAUCCAGAAGCUAAGUGGUCAGCACUUAAUGGCAAACCAGAUGCAGCCAAGUGGUGGGGUUCAUAUGGAGGGCAAUGCCCUGAAUUACAAAGGAUUGCAAGACGCAUUGUCUCUCAAUGCAUAUCAUCUAGUGGAUGUGAAAGAAGUUGGAGCACCUUUGCUCUAGUUCACACAAAAUUAAGAAAUAAGCUAGGCUUUGAGAAGCUGCACAAGUUGGUGAAAGUGCAUUAUAACCUGAAGUUACAGAUCGAACAAUUUGAAGCUGAUUUUCAAAGCCUUCAAGAAAAGGAUUCUGAUCCAUGUAGUAUGCUGAUGGAUGUUGCUCUUUAUGAUGACCAAAACCCAAUCAUGGAUUGGCUAAACAAUUCUAUGAGUGAUUCUGCACCAACUCUGGAUGAAUAUGAUGAUAGUGAUCUUGAUUGGAGCACACCUAGCAGUUUUGUCACUGAAAGUUUACAAAUGGGCAUAGAAGAGGUGGCUGGAUUUAAGAGAGACCUUUAUAUGGGAAAAAAGGUUGUAAAAACAAACAGAGAAUGCAAUGGGAUGGAGAAGAUGCUGAAGGUACCGCAAAAGACUAUGAAACUGAUUCUUCACAAGAACAAGGCAGCCCAAUUUAUGCUGAGUCAGGUGACAGUAGUUCCAAUGAUGAAGGUGAUGGCAAUAAUGAUGUUGGUGCCGAUGGAAGUGGUGGCACUAGGGCUGCUGAUGGUCCUGCCAAAGGUUCGAGACAUGGGGAACCAACUCCUUUGCGUCCAAGAUCAACAAGAAAAAGGAAGCCAACUCUCAAGAGCAUUACUGAAUUAUAAAUGUGUUGUAUGGCUCCAAGGAAAAGAACUGGAUAUGGCAAUGCUUCACUGAUUAAUGUCUUUUGGCGAUGUGUCGUCGGCUUAAAUAGACGCCUAACUUUUGUAACAUAAUAAUAUUUGAAGCUGCCAUUACUUUUACUAUCUAAUGGACUGUAAUAUGUGAUUUGGUGGUGACUUAA